AUUGAAGUAAAUACCUACUAGGUAGUUGCUAAAUUCACCAACUCUUCACCUGGGCACUCUUCUUCAAUAACCAACCCACCCACCCAAGACGAGUUCUACAACUUUUCAAUUUCUAUGAUACCCAAAAGCAUGAAAUUAUAGAAAUGAAUUUCGCUAUUGAGGUUCCCGGCGCAGCGACGCCACUGAGCCUCUACGAGCUUUGUCGCACUCUUCAAUACGCAUCUUCCCACGACAACAACCUUCGCCAGUCGGCUACCCAACAACUAUCAACUUGGGAGUCGCAUCCUGAAUACUACCCAACCCUACAGUCGGUAUUUCUCGAUCAAAGACUCCCCACGCAUGCAAGAUUCCUAGCUAUUAUCCAACUCAAGAACGGUAUCGAUCGAUAUUGGCGAGGACACAACGUACAAAACUCUAUUCCGAAAGAAUCCAGGCAAAAAAUACGGGAUAGACUAUUCUCGGGAACAAUUAAAGAAGGAGAUAGGCAACUAGCUCUACAUAACGCUCUGGUCAUAGCAAAAGUAGUCCGCAUCGACUUUCCCUCGGCUUGGGCUACUCCUUUCACCGAACUCGCCGAGCUCCUUAGAAAAUCGAAGAAUGGAGACCAGGUUGAGCUCUCUGGAACCUUGAUGAUACUUCUACGUAUAGUGAAGGAACUUGGAACAGCGCGUCUCCGUAAGUCGCAGACGACACUCCAAUCCAUCACACCGGAGCUUGUGUACAUCCUAUGCGAGGUAUAUGAUGCCAAAACCUCGGAAUGGUUAGCAUUCCUACAGAACGACCAGAGUGUCGCGGAGGGCGAUGGGGCAUUGUUAGCUAUGGAAAAUAGCCUUGACGCUAUCAAGGUACUUCGCCGACUUUUGCUUGUGGGCUACGAAUAUCCACACAAAGAUAAGACCGUCCAACAAGUCUGGAGUUUCUCCCAAGCACAAUUUGCACAAUUCCUCGGUUUCAUCGAAAGUGAUGAUUCUAAGAUACAGUGUUACCAUGACCUCCUAGGAAAGCACCUAUUGCAGUUUACGAAGCUCCAUAUCGAGAUGGCGGAUCAACAUCCCGCGAGCUUUGCAUCCCUCCCGAAUUCUGUGGACCUAGUUCGUGCGUACUGGGACCUCACCGCGAAUUUCGCAGUAGUGUUUAACAAGUCGGAUGGAAUACGACAAGAGUCCUGUGGAUCUGGCCAAUCAAAGGCUAAAGUCGAAGGGCCUCUUAUAGAGAGACUCGCACUAAAAGGCCUACUUCUAGUAAGGGCUUGUUUGAGAUUGGCCCACCGCCCGCAGCAAUCCAUCCGUUAUCGUUCCAAGGAAGAAGUACAGGAACAAGAGCAGGCGAUCAAACUCUUCAAAGUUAACUUGCUCAAAGAUGAGCUCAUUAUCCAAAUCGCCAAUGCUAUCAUCACGCAUCUUUUCGUCUUCCGCAAAGCGGACCUCGAUGCAUGGGAGGAAGAUCCGCAAGAAUGGGAACAGCAGGAAGAGGGUCAAGGUAACGCUUUUGAAUGGGAAGUUCGGCCAUGUGCAGAGAAACUAUUCCUGGACCUCCUCAUUUAUUAUAAGCAACUUCUACUGCAACCACUCUUGUCUUACUUCACGACAAUACAAAACCCGGAAGCAGACAUUGUUACCAGGGACGCAGUUUACACUGCCAUGGGAUUGGCUGCCCAGUCACUCAGUGAGGAAUUUGACUUUAACAGCGUACUCAAGACGAUAGUGACUGCUGAUGCGCAACGAACUGGUCCAUAUUGUCAGGUACUAAGGCGAAGGAUCGCUAUCCUUUUGAGUCAAUGGGUACCUGUCAAAAUCACAAACGAAACACGUCCGUUGAUUUAUGAGAUCUUCCGACAUUUCCUCAACCAAAAUGACCAGAAUAACGACAUUGUCGUGCGCUUAACGACUGCGAGGCAUUUCAAAAUUGUUUUCGAUGAUUUUGGUUUUGAAGGAGAAAUGUUCUCCCCAUUCGCUUCCGAUGUGCUCGUGCAGCUCAUCAAUCUCCUACGAGAAGCAGAAGUCGAUGAGGCCAAGUUGGCAAUACUUGAAUCUACAAGAAGUCUCAUUCAGCGAAUGGAAACACAUGUUUCCAAUUUCGGCGACUUGAUAAUGGAUGCAGUUCCAGGCAUUUGGGAGUCUGCUGGUAGUCUGGGUUACCUGAUGAAGGGAUCAGUUUUGGCUAUCAUCCAAACACUAGUGAUGUCGAUGAGGACAGAGUCUCAACGAUAUCACUCCAUGAUCCUUCCCCUCAUUGCCGACGCGACACAGAAGGAUUCCGAACUAUAUAUCUAUCUAAUCGAAGAUGCUCUGGAGUUGUGGUCCAACAUCCUAACUCAGAGCCAACCUCCCUUAUCCCCGGCUUUAGUUAGCCUUGCCGAUACAGCUAUCAAAUUGCUAGCGGAGCAGAAUGACCAUUCUUUUGCACUUGCAUCCAUCCUAGGUUGCUACAUUGUUCUCGCGCCCGAGACGAUACUUGAGGAUCAACACAGAGGACCGGCUCUUACUGCACUAUCCUAUUCACUCGAAUCGAAGACCCGCGAACAAGUCUCCCUCACUGUUAGAUACACUGAGUCGCUUAUACGACUAUCUCACGAAUUGGGUGGCACAGCUGGAUUGCAGGUAUUAGUUCAGGACAUGAUGGCGACGGGUUUUCUACCCAAAAUCCUCGAGGGAAUCCAUGAUUCCUUUGAAGCCAAACAAACAUCUGGUCCCAAGAAACGACAUGCCCGUGUAAAAUCUCUCACUCUCGUCGAUUAUUUUACAAUCCUUUCCAGGAUUGCUAUCCUCGAACCUGCCAUGUUCGUCGAGUUACUCGCGUCGUUAGGUCCACUCGAUCAAGUCUGGAAUUGGCUCAGUGCUGAGUGGUUUUCUUCAUUCGACAGCACGGGCGACUACAUCAGAUUGAAGGCUAACUUCUUAGCCUUGACGCGACUACUAGAGCUCCCUGAGCCCAUGCAAAAUCUCGUCCUAUUGAAGCUCCAAGACUACUUCAACAUGUGGACAACUGUUAUGCUCCAGAUAUUGAACUGCUCACCUCCUGACGCCGGUGUUGACACAUUAGUACUCACUGCGGAGAUAGAAGGCACUGAGUGGGAUACUCCAAAGGACAUCAGGGAGCGCGCUCUAUUCUCAACUGAUCCGACAAAGACCGUCCACUCCCUCCAAUUUGUGAAGGAGAGACUCGACAGUCUAGUACAGAGAGUCGGCGGGGAACAGGCCUUCCGAGAUAACUGGGCGGUUAAUGUUGAUAAGGAGGUUAUGUCCGGUUUCGAGGCAUUGCUGGCUCUUCCCGGUGGCGAAACUUAGUGCGUAGCAAAAUUGGAAGCGCUACGGCACAUAAAGAAGCCCGAGGACCUCAAGAACCCUGAGGGCUCUAAGAAAAAGAAGUCCAAGACGAUUCCGCCGCAUAUAGCACGAUUGAGAGAGCAGAGACUAAAGGUCAAGAAAUGUGGCUGGCGACCACAACGCAAGGAUAGGAAGACGAAGAAGGCGGAGAUGAAAUCGAGAAGGAAGCGCAAGCUAGCGAAUCAGAUGAAGAAGCAGAAACAAACCCAGAAGAGAGAAUAUCUUAGCUUGCUUGCUCAGACGAGGGUGCUGCAGAUUAGCUAGACCGCCAUUUAGCUUGCAGGACUACCUGACGCCCGAAUUUACGCGCUUGCUAAACGAAUUUGAUGAGUUAAUUAAGCUAGGUAGAUAUGCGAGGGCAGGUGUUUGGAAGAUACCACGAAAUUGAGGUGUUCUGCUAGAAGGCGGACGUAAUUUAGCUAAGCAACUGUGAAUAAAGAGCUAUGAUGCAAAUAUGGACACAGAUAAG